AUGCCUCGAGCAACAGCGUUGAGAAAGAAAAGAAAAGAAGGUUCUUCGUCUUUGAAAUCAGUAGUGCCUGCUGGCUCGACUCAUUUCGAUGCCGAUAUUGUUCAAGUCAUUUGUUCUUUCAUGAACAUGGAAGAGUAUUUGCGAUUGCAAUUGGUGAAUACCUUCUUUUUGAAAGGAGUUAGACAAUUUUGUGCUACUAUUCCAUAUUUUCGAUUUACCAAACACUUCUUCUUCUUGAUUCAAACAGCAGGACAACAAAAGGAAUCUAAUUUGAUUCAAUUUGCUAGCCAACCUCCUAUAAUUCGUUCACGAUACUCUAACUCUUGUGACAUACCUAAAUGGACAAAUUCACAACUGGAUCCUCUCUUCACAGCCAGUAAGGCACUCAUUAACAAGCAGUUGAGAGGAUUACUUUCUACUCUUUAUGUACACGCUAAGAGUGUCUAUUUUUCUGAUGUUCCAAUUACAAAAUCACUCAUGAAUGAUCUCAUGUUUGAUACAAGACAUCCAAGCGUGAUUGAGAAAAAUAAGGACAAUCGAUUGGAUUUUAAAUUUACUGAAACCAAUGUGUUUGAAACCAUUGAACACAUUUCAUUUGUUGGAUGCUCGUUUGAGAGAGGUGUAUUGGCCUUUUUGGCAAGCAAAUUGAUCAAUCUAAAGAGUUUAUUAAUUUUCAACUCUCAUGAGUUGCCAUUUCAUGAAGUUUAUCACUUAUUUAAUAAGAAAUCAAAAUGCAAGUCCUUGCGAUUGUUUUAUCAUGAUUUAAUUCCAAUAGCUGAAAUUAUUCAUCAAGAUCAGUUGAAUGCACAUGAAUUGGAGGUGUUGACAAACAAAGGCCAUACACUCGGUCCUACGAACAAGCAACGCCAUCACCCAUCCAUGAGCAAACAGUUUUCUACAUCAGACCAAGAUGUCCAAGACAUGAUUGAAUCAAUUCCUGAUCAUGUUGUUGCAAUACCCAUUGUUCAUACAUGUGCCUAUCAUGCCGUUGGAUCCAAAGUCGACAAUUAUGAAAGUGCUAUCAAGGAAUAUAUGGAUUUAUUUGGAAUAUUUAGUAAUUCAUUUUCAGAUCGUGAACUUUGUGUUCAAUUAUGUGGAGGAAAAGUUCAUAAGCGAAAAGGGCCUGUUUCUUUGUUGGCUAUGAUGUACGGGUCAGCAUCUGAAAAAGACGAAGAAGAAACACCACCUCAAUUACCAAUCAAUAUUGACAGGAUGUUGAGUAAUGUCGAAUUUUUACUUAGUAACGGAUUACAUCUUUUCGACCUUCCAUUUGAUGGAUAUGAUUUUCUGAGAUAUUCUAUUUAUCUCCAUCAAAACGAACCAAGAUUAUGGAAUCUCUAUGAAAAAUAUCACUUUCGUAAAUUGCCUGAUUUCAACAAGUUGAUCAUCCAACCUCAAUUACAUGAACAUGUCAUCACACUUUUGCAGGGCAUUAUUGAUUUAUCUGAGCAAACCCUCUAUCCAGUUCAGGAGGCCAAUUUAAUUGAUUUUAUGGAAGAAGUUAAGGAAAAGAAGUGUUACCCUCGUGAUCUUAAUGAUGUCAUGACUAAUAUACUUGAAGAUCUUCCUGAUUUAAUCAAACCUUGCGUUGAAAAAGGUCUAUUCAACCUUAGGGCACCUCUCCCUAUGGCGAGGUAUUAUCAUCCUGGAGCUGACAGCGAGAAGGCGUAUGAAUAUCUCAAAGAACAACACGAACUUGAAAACAAAAAGAAGAAGAGAAAACAAUAA